AUGCGCUUCCUGCAAACCAUAUAUGUUGUCCUUUCUUGCAUCUUCUUCUUUUAUAAUAUUUUCUUGGCCUUUUCUGCUGAUGCUGAAAAUGAAUCAGAUCGCUUGGCCUUGCUCUCACUCAAGGCACAUAUAACAUCUGACCCGUAUAAAAUCAUGCCUUCAUGGAAUGAGUCAAUCCACAUCUGCAACUGGACAGGCAUCAUAUGUGGUCUGAGGCACCAGCGGGUGGUCACUAUCAAUUUGUGGUCUGGUGGGUUUUCAGGUCCCAUAUCACCUGAAGUUGGCAAUAUGAGUUUUCUUAAGGAGCUUCUCCUUCACAACAACAGUUUCACAGGCAACAUCCCACAAGAGAUUGGCAGGUUAUCAAGAUUAAGGAGGCUAGGACUCUCCAACAAUUCUCUGUCAGGUGAAAUUCCUGCUAAUAUAUCUCAGUGUCAAAAUCUCAUAGAACUUGAUUUGAGCGGGAACAAUUUCAUAGGAGUGAUUCCAAUUGAGUUUGAAUCAUUGACCAAGCUUCUAUACAUAAACCUCCAUUCCAAUGAUCUAACAGGAGAAAUACCAAAGUUUAUUGGAAACUUCACUUCCCUUAUGUUUAUAUCUGGGUUGGAAAAUAAUUUCCAUGGAAGCAUUCCAGAUACUCUUGGCCAGUUGUCCAAUUUGUGGUUUUUUGGGUUCGCAAUGAAUAAUCUUUCAGGCAUUCUACCUCCGUCAUUUUUCAAUCUAUCAUCCUUGACGAACAUAGAUUUGCCUGACAAUCAGAUUGGCGGGAAUCUGCCAUCAGAUAUCGCACAAAAAUUUCCCGGGCUUAUAUUUCUUAACCUUCCGAUAAACAAAUUUUCGGGAAAUAUUCCUAUUUCGUUAUCUAAUGCCUCUAAUCUUGAAGUACUAGCACUCAAUGAAAAUGCAUUUACUGGAAGUGUGCCGAACUUUGAUAGGCUACAAAGAUUGACGCAUUUUGCUGUCAACAUUAAUCAACUCGGGAAUGGGAAAUCUGAUAACCUAAACUUUGUAUCCUCUUUGGCCAACUGCACCAACUUAAGAGAUUUAGGUUUUGGUGCCAACAAUCUUGGAGGAGUCUUACCAAAAUCUUUGUUUAAUUUUACUCUACUUACCGAUCUCACAGUAGGUGGAAAUUUGAUUUCUGGUGAUAUCCCCUCCGAGAUUGGGCAACUGGUUAACAUGAGAAGAUUGUUUCUAUUCUCCAACCAGUUCACCGGUAGAAUUCCGGAGUCAAUUGGGAAACUCAAAAAUGUCGGAAUUAUUUCUCUCAGUGGAAACUUAUUAUCUGGUUAUAUACCAUCGUCAUUUGGAAAUCACACGCUAUUGAGCAGACUCUAUUUACAACGUAACAAACUAGAGGGUCCUAUACCAUCUAGUUUAUCAAACUGUAGGGGGUUGCAGCUGUUGGAUCUUUCUAAAAAUAAUCUCAGUGGUAACAUACCCAAGGGGAUUUUCAGUCUAUCUUCCUUGACAAUAUCCCUACGUCUUUCUGAUAAUCAUUUUAUAGGUUCUCUUCCUUUGGAAGUAGGCAACUUGCGAAAUUUGGUUUCCUUUGAUGUUUCAAACAACAUGAUGUCUGGGGUGAUUCCAGCUAAUCUUGGAGCUUGCACAAGUUUGGUUGUGUUAUCCAUUGCAGGAAACACCAUUCAAGGAGAAAUCCCAGAGUCAUUCCGCUCCUUAAGAGGACUAGAAAUUCUAGAUCUUUCUCGCAACAAUUUAACAGGGAAAAUCCCAGAGUUCCUGGGAGAUUUUGUGUUUUUCAAAAGUUUAAAUUUAUCUUUCAAUGGUUUUGUGGGAAAGGUACCAGAAGUCGGAGCGUUCAAAAAUUUAAGCAUAGUUUCCAUUGAUGGAAAUACUAAGCUUUGCGGUGGUUUCCAAGGAUUUCAGUUGCCUAAGUGUUCCAGUGAAGGAUCAUCAAGGAAAAAACGAAUUCCUCUUUCCUUGAUAAUUGUUGUACCAAUGCUUACCGUGAUUUCUGUAACUCUUAUUGUGAUCUUCUGUUUGGUGUACAAAUCAAGAUAUAAUAAGAAGGUUGCUGAAGAAACUAGUUCGGAUAAUGAAAACUUCCCACAAGUUUCUUAUAGAAGAUUACACAAAGCAACUGAUGGGUUUUCUUCGGCAAAUUUGAUUGGUUCUGGAAAGUUCAGCUCUGUGUAUAAGGCAAUUCUGUACGAGAAAAAUGUAGACUACGCUGUUGCUGUGAAGGUACUAAAACUUGAAGUUCAUGGUGCUGACAAGAGUUUUUUUGCAGAAUGUGAAGCUUUGAGAAGCAUCAGACAUAGGAAUCUUGUAAAAAUUGUAACUUCUUGUUCAGCUCUUGAUUUUCAUGGGAAUGAUUUCAAGGCUCUGAUUUACUCUUAUAUGGUUAAUGGGAGUUUGGAGGACUGGUUGCACCAGAAUACGCUAGUUAUUGAUCCAGCGAAUGAGCAGUCAUACAGGUGUCUGAAUUUUUUACAGAGGUUGAACAUCAUGAUAGAUGUAGCUAGCGCCCUAGAUUAUAUUCAUUGCCAAUGUGGAUCACCAAUGGUUCAUUGUGAUCUAAAGCCUAGUAAUGUUUUGUUGGAUGCUGACUUGGUUGCUCAUCUUGGUGAUUUUGGCUUGUCAAGAUUUCUUCAGCAUACUAGACAUGAUUCUUCUAGCCACACUAGUUCACUUGGAUUAAAAGGAACAAUCGGAUAUGUCGCUCCUGUGAGUGUAGGAGAAAUUGGUGAAGCUGCUCCUUUAUCAUUGACUAUCACAGAACACGGAAUGGGUAGCCAGAUGUCAAUAUAUGGCGAUAUCUAUAGCUUCGGAAUUCUCAUACUGGAGUCAUUUACGGGCAAACGUCCUACUCACAACAUGUUCAGUAGCAGUUUGAAUCUUCAUGAUUUUGUUAAAACGGCUAUACCACACCAAGUUAGGGAGAUAACCGAUCGUGACCUUUUGGAAACCAAGCAAGAGAAACAUAUAACUAAAGAUACAGAAGACUGCGAAAGGUAUGGGAUAAUGGAGGAGUGCCUGACUUCAGUCUAUCGAAUUGGGAUUGCUUGCUCCAUGGAAUUGCCAAGAGACCGGCUACACAUCAACAAAGUCAUUGAACAACUGCAGUAUGCCAAAGAAACUUUUCUUCACAGAAUUGGUGAACCUAUCAGAAAAUAA